UGUUAGCAAAUUGUGCAGAUAUUUGAAUUGAGAUGAAGCAAAAACGUAAGUGUUCAGGAAAAGAUGUGCUAGAAAGGUUACGAGGAGAAGUUCAAAAUAAUAUAGAAACUUUUCAAGAUCAACAUCAACAUCAACAAAGUAACAACAAUCAAUCUGAACCUUCCUUACAUUCAAAUGAAGAUCAGCCACAACAAAAUAUGAAUGUACCCAAUAGUCCACAACAAGAUGUCAACAUGACUAAUAGUCCAUCCUCUGAUGACACAUUUGACCCUUCCUUAAAUACAAAUGAAGAUCAACUACAGCAAAAAGAGGAGCCUCUACUUGUCAAAGUUAAAGAUAUGUGUACUGGUGAAGUUAUAACUAAAAAGAUGAUUGCAAAUCAAGUUUGGCAUUUGGAAAAAACUAAAAAAGUUAUUGUUGAACUCAACAAUUUUGGUCAAGGAGAUAAUAGUAGUUCAAACUUACUUGUGAGGUUCUUAGGCCAAGUUGCUAAAAAGUCUGCCUACUGUCCUAUAUCAGUUGAAAGAUGGGACGAGAUGUCCGAAAAAUGCAGCCAAGACCAAUGGAAAUGUAUUGAGGAUCAUUUUGAGUUUGACUAUGUUGCUGGAAUCAAAUGGGUGAGGUGUACAUUAGGGGAAAGAUGGAAAGCCUAUAAAUAUAAGUUACGAAAUCAAUACUUCUAUCCCAACAAAAGAAAGGAAGAAAUACUUGCCAAUACCCCUUCAGGCGUGGAUCCAGUUCAGUGGACUUCUUUUGUGCAUCACUACAAAAGUCCAAAAAUGAAGAAACAAAGUGAGCAGAAUACCAUAAAUCGUAAGAAGCUUAAAGUCUCACAUGCUGGCGGUAGUAAGAGCAAUGCAAGAAGGGGUCGUGAAAUGGCGCUACAAUUAGGGAGGCAUGUUUGUCGAAGCGAGGUUAUUUUAUCAACUUUAAUAAAGAAGGAUGGGAAUUAUGUGAACGAAGAAGGAAAGGCCAUGGCUGAGAAGAUUUCAGAGUGCUUGUCUGAAGAUAAAGAACGUACCGCCACAAUAGGUGUCUCAUCAAAGAUUAAUGUGUAUACUGAUGAUGCCAUUGCAAAAAUAUGUGGAGCAGAACACUCGGGUCGAGUACGUGGUUUAGGCUUAGGAGUUUGUCCUACUCAAGCUUUUGGAAAACGUAGACAUUACACAAAUUUUAUUCAAGUUGGUAGCUUUAGUCAAAAGAAUGUUGAAGACUUGCAGAAGGAUGUAGAAUGUUUGGGAGAAAAACUAAUUGGAUAUGAAGAGACUAAAGAAAAACUUACACAAACCACCGAACAACUCACACAUACCACUGAGCAACUUGCACAAGCACAACAUCAAUUGGAGGUUCUUCAAAACUUCAUGAAGCAUAAAUUUGGCGAUGAGUUAUCUAUUUUCAAUAGCAAUGCUUCUCCAAAUUAG